AUGGGACGCCUAUCAAAACGUGCUCUAAAAAACAAAGAAGCCAAGACAGGGGCCCGUGACAAUGAAAGUUUUCGUGUACAAGAACUUGAAAAUAAUAAAUUAAGAAAACGGUUAUAUCUUGCUUCACAAGAUGUUACAAAUCAAAGAAAAAUUCUUAAUUUGAAAUGUUCAAAAAAACGACUACUAGAUCCGGUGAAUAAACUUAAAAACCAGAUCACCAGUCGUUUAAACAUGGACAAACGAUUGCAAGAUCCGGCGAAUAAAGUUAAAAACCAGAUUACCAGUCGUAAAACUAUGUUGAAACGAUUGCAAGAUCCGGUGAAUAGAAAAAAACACCAGAUCACUUGUCGGAAAAAUAUGGACAAACGAUUGCAAGAUCCGGCGAAUAAACUUAAAAACCAGAUCACCAGUCGUUUAAACAUGGACAAACGAUUGCAAGAUCCGGCGAAUAAAGUUAAAAACCAGAUUACCAGUCGUAAAACUAUGUUGAAACGAUUGCAAGAUCCGGUGAAUAGAAAAAAACACCAGAUCACUUGUCGGAAAAAUAUGGACAAACGAUUGCAAGAUCCGGCGAAUAAACUUAAAAACCAGAUCACCAGUCGUUUAAACAUGGACAAACGAUUGCAAGAUCCGGCGAAUAAAGUUAAAAACCAGAUUACCAGUCGUAAAACUAUGUUGAAACGAUUGCAAGAUCCGGUGAAUAGAAAAAAACACCAGAUCACUUGUCGGAAAAAUAUGGACAAACGAUUGCAAGAUCCGGCGAAUAAACUUAAAAACCAGAUCACCAGUCGUUUAAACAUGGACAAACGAUUGCAAGAUCCGGCGAAUAAAGUUAAAAACCAGAUUACCAGUCGUAAAACUAUGUUGAAACGAUUGCAAGAUCCGGUGAAUAGAAAAAAACACCAGAUCACUUGUCGGAAAAAUAUGGACAAACGAUUGCAAGAUCCGGCGAAUAAACUUAAAAACCAGAUCACCAGUCGUUUAAACAUGGAUAAACGAUUGCAAGAUCCGGCGAAUAAAGUUAAAAACCAGAUUGCCAGUGAAAUAAAUAGAUCAAAAAGAAUGGAAAAUUCAGUUUUCAAAUACACAUAUCAAAUAAAGAACGCUCAAAACAUGAAGAAGAGAAGAAUACCGUCUGACAGUAGUCUUCGGCAAAAUAUAUCUAGUAAAAGAAAAACAUCAAAUUCUACAUCAUAUAAAAGAAGAGAACGGCAGAAAUUAAAUGAAACCAGGCAGAGGGAAGAUGUUUUAAUUUCUGAAUAUAUUUUGAAAACGUCGCAAG